AUGAGCACAAAUGAGGGUGUCGGCCCCGAGAGCGUCGAUUGGCCGACAGGUUAUAUCUUCUCAGAAUCCCACCCCCCUCCCUUCCGUCGUGGCGUCUCCGAACCCCUCUCCGACUUCUCCUGCGAUCUCGACGACCCAGACGUCUGGUCCCUGCUCGACGUCACCGGGGUGCCCGAACAAGUCGUGGAUCCUUCUCUCAGCUGCCUCGUCCCUCGCCAGGAAGGUGACCGGAAAGGGAGCGGGUCGGAUCGGUCGCCGCGCUCCCUGGGACCAGAGGUUGCACCAGUCAGACGCAGGGCUGCGUACCGGUUUGAACGGCGGUAUCGGGUGUUGAACGAUCAGAUCCGGUUAUUAGAUGGGAUUCUGCCCAGGGAGAAGAAAGAGAAAGAGAAAGACGAAGAAGAAGAACAACUACAACAAGAAUACGGCAGCAGAGUUCAACGUCGUACAAAAGACCGAGUCCUGGCCAGAGCCAUCGAGCAUAUCCUGUUUCUACAACGCAGGGUCGCCAUCCAGGAAAGGGAAAUCUGUGCGUUGAGGAAUACCCUUAAGAACGAGGCGGGAGGAGACAGAUCAUAUACCAGAUGA